AUGCCGGUUGAUGACAGCUCGCCCAGGAAGUGCAGCGUGGCACCCAAAUUGAUGGAGAAGGGGCUGAUGCUCCUGCAGAACAUGGCUGGCCGGGACAACCAGGUCCCGGAGUGGAAACUGCGCCGGAGGCAGCGCUGCCUCAGCAAGUCAGCACAGGCCAUCAGCCACUUCUAUAGACAGAAGGGUGAGUCCAAGCAAGACAUUAGCCCUGGGGACACCAGCUUCAUGGCCGAACUGGAGGAGCUCAGAAAGAUGUGUCUCUCGCGCCCCGGCUGCCCUCAGUUCAGCACCAAGGCCACGUCCAUGUCUCAUUAUGGCUCAGCCACCUCAGCCGAGUUGCCCGAGGACUUGUGCGUUGUCCAGCAGGGCUCGGACAUGAAGGUGGACAGUGAGGGCAAGGCCGGCUGGCACGGGGGGUGCCCCCUUCCAUUUAGUAAGAGUGCCUGUGAGUUCAACUACUUGUGGAAGAGGAGUGAAUCCCAGACCAUAAGCCCGGUCUCCAGCAGCCCAGUCCUGGCGCAGAGCCACCCGAACAAACGGCUACCCUGGUACAUCUCGGUCAUUCAUGAGAAGGAUCACUGCCUGCUCAUGCUGGGGGAGGAAGUGCAGCGCCUGUCGGAGCUGGAGGUGCUACUUCAGAAGAGAGAUGAGGAGGUCCUGGCCCUCCAGGAGGAGAAGGAGGCCUUGAAGAAGCAGCUAAAGUACCUACUCAAGAGCAAAGGCCCAGAGAUGUGGGUGAGCCAGGGCAUGAAGGUGAGUGGGGCCCUUGUCACAGGCUCUGCAUCCAAUGCGUCCAAACCCCUGGGGAGGAUGAGCAUCCUGAAAACCUUCUUCAGAGAUGAGGAGGAGCUGCAGCGCUGGAGGCAGCUCCAGGAGGAGUAUACCAUGAUCAGCAGAGGCAAAGACCUGGAAGGCGUUGGCGGUGAAGAAGAGGCUGCGCACAGGGAGGCUGAGGAGGCUGUGGACAAGGAAGGGAAGGGCCCAGCAGACAGGAUGGGGGGUGAGGAGCAGGAGCUGCCAGAGGAGGAGGAGGAAGAGAAGGAGGGGGAGGUAGAGCAGGAGGAGGAGAAGGAGGUACAGGAGGACGAGGACCAGUGCAGGAGGAGUUCCCGCUCCCUGGAAGAGGCCUUCGAGCAGGAGCUGAUAGCACAGCUGGAGGAGUACGAGCAAGUGUUCCAAGAGUUCCAGACAGAGCUGGAGAUCACCAGGACCAGAUACUCGCUUGCAACAGGGACCAUCACGUCUUUACAACGCCAAGUGGAUUUCCAGGAGUCCCAACUGCAGCAGGUGAACACGGAGAACAACACCUUGCAGAAGGAGCUCCGGGAGCGGAAGGACCAGUUACAGGCCAUGUCCAACAAGUUCUCGAACCUCAGGGAAGACAAGAAGCAUGAAGAGAUGAUGGGCGUCAUUGAGAAGGACAAUCUUCUUCUCCGCCAGCAAGUGUCGGAGCUGCAGAGCAAACUCGCGAAGCAGGAGCACACCAUCUCGGAGUUCGACGCCAAAGUCAGCGAGCUGCAGGCCCAGGUGAGCCAGAAUCAGAACCACCUGCAGAGACGCAAGUGGCUGCAGGAGGAGAUGUUGAGCAAGAAUGAGAUGAUCCAGCAGGCGGAGCAGCAGGCGCGCGUGGCCCUGGAGAGCGCCCAGUCCCGGCUUGAAAGACUGAGAAACAAGAUCAUCCAGGCUACCUUCAGCACCUCCGGGGGCAAGUCCUUUGCCACUGAGAUCUCGGACAACGACAUUCUAGAAGCCUUGCAGAGGAUCAUUACAGAAAGAGCCGACUACUAUAAUCAGCUGAAACAGAAAGGUGUCCGAGUGCCUCCGCUGCAGCAGGCCGAGGCUUUAUCUUCCUCAAGCAAGUCCAAGAAGCUACCCUCCAAGUAG